AUGACGGUCCACAUCAAAAGCAAACUGGACAUGCGCGGCCGUCGGCAUAUGGAACGCCUGCCAGGCGUGGACGCCGAGUCCUUCGAAGCCCUUACGGCAUCCGGUGGGUUGUCGUUCCAGGAUGCAUGGCGGAGGGACGUGGUACUGUCACUGGCUCAGGUACAGCGUCAGGUCAGAACCGCCAUUCACUACCCUGAGGUUAGGGUGGCGGUUCUGGCGCCUGGUGGGGCUGUGCAAGCGUCAGACAAGACAGUACCCUUCACUCCCAUGCCUACACCCCUGCAGCCGAUUCUGCUGCCCGACAGCACAGCCUGCACACUUAGCAGCAUCCUGCAGGACAUACACACCCACACGCUGCUGAACACGACCACACGCAGUCGGGAUGAGGUUGGAGGGUCGGGAUACCUGCCACAAACAAUCCUCAACACAGUCCUCCUCUGCGACAAUCUGAAGGAUUUGUCUUGCUUGAAAGAGGCGAUUGACCAGGGCAUGAAGAUUGUCCUGUCCCAGGACCUAUCCGAAUGUCUCCGGUCACAACUCUCGCACUGGAAAAUACCCUCCGAGGUCACUAUCUACAGACAUAGGCUUUACCUGGAUGUCUGCUCAAUGCUUUACAGCAGACUCCGUGUGUUCCAUCCAAAGGACCUGUGGGCAUGCCAUAUCCGAGCCGACUCUAGUCCACAGUACGGCAAGGACUACUUCGUCACAGAGGUGGACCACGUCAACCUGGCCGAUGUCGCGGAUCAUACCGUAUUGUCCGACAUGGCGGGACUGAUUCGAAGGCGAAUCCUACCGCUACAAUUGAUCGGCAGCCGUGCCGCGUCGGCGGAGCACAAGAGCUUCCGCCUGAUGCUGGCAUUGUCGGCGGACACGGCGGACACCCACAUCACGUUGGGACGUACUUACUCCAUUGCCUUUGACAUGGGGACAGAAUCCAAGCUGUUCGUGUCUCCACAACCGAACAGUCUUGUCACUCCCCAACCAGGCACAGCAUCCGCCGUGGUCCACACAAGGUCUACACGGCAAGUCCUGCCGGAAAGACAAACUUACCAACCUUGGGAUUUGGUUUUACCAGGUGGCAUUCAAAACAAAGGCGAGGCAGACGCACAGGAAGAAUUCGAGAGCAUCUCGCGUAUGUGCCCACGGGCCAUGCCACUGGGUGAUGCAGACCACGCAAUGCAUCACACCAUGUUGGAAAUGAAGCUAUCGUUCACAGACUGGCAUUUUUUCCAUCACUGCCUCAAUGCCAUAUCCAAAUUCUUCAGGACAUGGUCCCGCCUGCACAGGUUCCGUGCCACGUGCAUCGACCGCAACCCCAAGUUCGCCUCGGCACGGCUGCGGGACUCCUUCGGGGCCAUGUUCACCACCGCCUGUCCGACGUUGGUCGAACAUCGAUGGGAGCGAGAUGUCCUUUGCUGGGUGGUGCCUCGACAAGAGCCCAUUCGAGCCUUGGACACAACGGACCUCGAGGUGUCCCAUGAUCUUGAUGCCGACGAGAUCAAGUUUCUGGGCAUGGUCGCAGGCUACAAAUUCCAAGCAUCCUAA